UAUUCGUCAGUCUGCCGCGAACCAAGCAGUAUCGAUGAUCUAAAGAUGAAAAUACUAUUUUGUCUUGUGAUAUUAUCAGCGGCCUCAUGUGCCCCAAAUUUGAGGAAAGAAGAAGUUUUAGCUAAAUUGUACAGCUUUAAAACACAAUGGGACUCUUUCGUUGAGGAUGCUGAUACACCGUUGAUGGAAACAUCAAUGUUUGACAAAAUUUCCUCGGCUCUCAGAUAUAUUGAACCAUCAACUCCACUAGCACAAAGUUUUCUAAAGAAAGAUACAAAUAUUCUUUACAUGAACAAACCUUUUACUAAAUUCGACUUUAAUCCUACAUUUAAAAUGAACUUCAUGGACGUUUUAAGGGAUUCUCUUAAGGCAUAUCUGUCUGAUAUUUUGUCCUCGAGUGAAGAAAUUAAGAAUAUGAUACGUACUAUAGCUAUGGGGAAAAGAUACGAUUCUUCAAAAAUCAGGAACUUUAUAAAAGAAAUAACUGUUGCUGAGAAUUUGGAGAGACAUAUUGUCAAUGAUGCUUUAAAAAUAUAUUUGGGCAAAAACGGAAAGAGCAGUCCUUCAAUUUAUGCUAAUCAUACAAUCAAUGAUAAAUGUAAGUGGGACUUUAGUACAACAAUUCUCGACACUGGACGAAUGGUCAUAAGUUGGCUAAUAGAUGCGGACACACUAGCUGAAGAGUUGUACGCUAUUGUAAAGAAUGUUAUUUUUGAUGUUGUGGCAGACAUGUAUCCUAUAUUAGUUGAAGACAUACUUGGUCCUAAGUGUGAAUGUCGAAGGCGGGCGGAGCCAGCAGAGUGCGUAUUAGAAUGCUGUCAACCGCCUACGAAUUGUUCAGCAUGUUCAGAUCAGGACUUUGAGGAAGAGGAUAUUCUUUUAGUUGGUCCAGUUGGGGAAUUAAUUUGUUCAUUUAUUGAUGAUCUCGGUUUGAAUGAGAGUCUAAAGCUAAUUGCAAACAAGACACUGACAAUUACUGAAGAACAAACAGCUACUAUUAUAGGAUUAAUCGACGCACUUUUCAAACUUCCGACUGGGAUAAUGGAAGGAAAACUACAUUGGAUGGGAAGCUAUGAUCUAUGCUUGGACACAGAAAUGAAAUUUAAGCACUGGUCGAUUUCGGGUGCAAUUUCUCAGAAUGAACCAAAAAAAUCUUACAAAGGUCGAUAUUGUCGAGUAGGAGUCUCACCAACAGAGCUCGUGCGAAACAAUAGUGUAGGUAUCUUUAUGCUUAGUGUUGGAAUGUGCGUGUCUGAUGCAUGUAGCAGAGAAGAUGUUGGAUCAUUUUUUACAAAAGAUCUUCAAUUGCCUAAUUUAAACAUUCCAAAUCUUUCAAUUCCCGGUUUAUUAAAUAUAUCUGCAAUAAAUGUUUCUUUACCAUCACCUUUGGAGAACAUUUUAGGACUUUCAGUAGUAGAAGUUGCCUGUGGAAAUUAUUGGUACGACCUUAAUACACCUAGACUAAGAGCUGGCCUUGGUGUUGUUCUGGCGGUAGUUGUGUUAGUAAUUCUGGCAACUUUGUAUGACUGCUUAAUAAGGCGUAACAUAAUGAGAAAGAAAUUAACCCAAAGAAAAGAGCUUAUGAGGAAAAAACUUUCAGUUGCUACUUUUGAGGGUUUUGAUAAAGUAAAUGACAACAAGCUCGCAGUUCCUCCAUCGAUUCCUAGUGGAAAUAGCCCACCAGGAUACUCUCCAGUGCACGAAGAUGACAUGAAGCAUCUGGGUGGAGGAAAGAUCUAUCCCACUUUACCGCGAUCAAUUUCAACAAUUUCAAAACAGAGCUCUAUGGUACACUUCUUUAGUGCAGAAAGCUGCGUCGAACCAACGUCCAAGAGAGAUGAGUGGAUUGAUCGAAUCGAAAUGGCUUUUGCUGGUUUUUCUGCCUAUUCCAACCUUCGUAGAAUUUUUCGCACCAAUACAAGAAAAGAGGAGAUUCGAGCGAUUAGUGGUAUGAGGGUUCUCAGCUACGGUUGGAUUGUUCUAGGACAUACUUUCUUAUUUGGCAUACUUAUAACUGAAACAUUUAGUACAUCAAAUCUUGUAUCAAUCUUACCUAAGCUUAUCCAGAGAUUUAGCUUUCAAGCGAUUAUAAACUUUCACUUCAAUUCGGAUACAUUCUUAGUCAUCAGGCUUGUUCCCCCUAUGGCUCUCUUAAUAGCUUUUUAUGGUCCCAUGUACCGUUUUCUUGGGGAUGGUCCCAUGUUUCCAGUGAGAAUAACAGACGGUGAUAACUGCAGGGAGAAUUG